AUGGGAACUACGCUCAGCGCCUCUCGGAGGCAAAGUGACAGCCACAGUAGUAGUAGCAAAGGGGCAUCAUCACUCUCAAAGGAAGAUAUCUCAAAUACGCAAAAUACUCCGCAAAGGACGGCUGCACAAGGACGAGAACAGAAGUUUCUUCUCCACAGACAACAUAUGCUUCAACCCCCAAAAGACUAUGAUUAUAGAAGAAAUAGUAAUCUCCUCUCACCCACUAUAACUAAAACAGAAGAAGAGUCUACUGUAGAAGCUACGGCGGAAUACAUGGAAGAUUUUGGAGGUGGGUCUCAAAAUGUGUUUGUAGUGAACCUACCGACCUUUGUGAACGUGGAUGAAGUAAAAAACAAUGGUAGCCAAAAAAGAGAAAAGAGUCGGGAUGCAGUUCUAAAGAGAGGUAACGAUGAUGAUACACACCAAUAUUUAAAGUCGUAUGAACUCUCAAAGCAUCCAUAUAAAGAGGGAUCUUCUUCCCCAAUUAAUGGUAUCUCAUGUCCAGAAAAAUAUGGGCCUGCACAUGAUACUUCGAUGAGAAUGAAAAUUAAUCAUAGGCAGGAAGAUCAACAAGAAGAUCAAAAGACAUUAUUACCUCGUGUCUUAUACUCUUCUGGAACUAGUACUCAUUUUAUUGAUGCAAGGCGAAAGUCCAAAUCGUUGGCUUCCGACGGACGUAGUAACGUAGAUUCAAUGGCUGAUAACCCAUUACUAGAUAGUUCUCGUGGUAAUCCUAGUCUGCAACAUGAUAGAAAUAAUGCGAGAACACUGGAAAAUGCUAAGGCAGUUUUACGUAAGCAUGUAAAUCGGUCAUUUUUGUCAUCUAUGCACAAUUGUGGAGCAUCUGUAUUAUCUCCGGGAUUACAGUGUAAUCGUAGUGGAUCUGAUAUCGCACCAUUAAAAUCUACUAAUCCUUUACUUGGGUCAGGUGGUUCUGUGACUUAUCCGCAUACUCCUUCACACCAUGGAAGAAGAGAGCUUGUUGAUUCAUCUCCUGGGAAAAAACCAAAAAUUAUUCUACAAAACUUAAAUCUUUCAUCUUCAAGAUCUUGUCCUGUCAACAAUAGUUAUUUGAGGUCUAGAGAUACCCCUCUUUUAGAGGGUGGGGUUACACCACUUCUUGAGUUGAUGGAAACAUCUAUGGAUUCUGGAGUUGUUGAAGAGUGUGCUUUAGAUUCUAUUGAACGGGGAAACAAAAUGUACCAGCGACGUGUCGUUCAUAGUGUAGAACAUAGUCCUUCUCCCAACGCUAGAUCACCUAAUUGUAGUAAUCAACGUGAAAGGAUAUAUUGGCCGACCAAUAGUGCAGGCGAGAUUCUUCAGACCUUUAAAAGUAAGGAACGUGAGACUCGUCUAGUUAAUAAGAUUAAUAGUUCUGAUUCUGUUGCUCAUAGUAUUAAUAAUGGUGAAAGCGGUAAUGGUGGUGGUAAUAGUAGUGGUUGGGUGGCUAUUGGCAGUGAGGCUGGAGUUGGCAGUCAGGACUGGUAUACACGUCUACGCCAGAAAUGUCAAAUGGAGGAGUUGGAGUCCACUACCGAUGUGAGUUCACCAAAAGCAACAGAUACCACAGACACUAAUGCUGCAAAGGAGAGCAGUAAGGAUGGAGAUCCGCUGCAGAAGAAGUGA